UACGUCCGGACGUUCACUCUGGACAAGAGACUGGAGAUGUACAUCAAGAAGACGGCCGGCCGGGUCCUGCCCACCGUGGUCUACCCCGAACUCUACCGCAAGAGAUUCUGCGAAGCCAUCGACAGAUACUUUACCAUCGUCCCUGACAAGUGGACAGGCUUAGGGACAGGUUUCUAGCUCUCCAACAAUAGUCGUCUACUUGCAAACACAUCGAUUAUGUACACUCACAAUACGCAUGCACUUUGUUUGUUCUUUUGUGUCCAAAAGCACACGGUAUUCAAUUGUAUAUGCACUCUGUGGCUUUUUACUCUGUUUAAAACCUGUGAUGUUCACACUGGCA